CUCUCAAAAAUUCAAAUCUCUCUGCUUUUUUUCUUCACUUUUCCUCCUCCUAUUCACACCAUUCUUUUCCCGAUCUCACUUUACCCUUUUCCCCUCCUUGUAAUUCUCAAUCUCCAUUCCAACUCUCUAAUUUCACGAUCAAAUCAUGAAAUUCUCGUCCAAUUCAUCUUCUUCCGGCGGCGGCGCCGGCAAUGCGGAUGCUUCCAAAAACGGGUGCAUAGCCGGAAUGUUCCGCCGGCUUCUUUGCUCCAAUGCUCUUCCGACACACCCCGCGGAUCAUAUGAGCUCUGUUUCCACGCACCCUUCUUCAGAUCACGCAAUUCAGCGAAGAAAAUCCGAAGAGGGAAAAAAGAUUGAAUCUUUAGCGAGUACAGGGGUGGUGGCUAGGUUAAUGGGGCUGGAAUCGAUGCCGAGAGUGGAGUUAAACCCUAAUAAAGCCAUUGCGAGAAGCCAGUCGAUGAGCUCCAUGGAUUCUCUGAGGGAAUUGAAGUCCACAAAGGAGAAGAAUCUGCGAGCUUGCAGCUUUCGCGAAAUUCCCACCUAUUUGGAGCUUGAAGAUGAGAAUUUCUUCAUUCUGAGCUUCGAGUAUGGCGGCAAAACUGCAGAGCUCAGGCCCAAACAGAGGAGAUCAGAGAAAGUGAAGAACAGCUGCAGAAGAAGGGAAAGUGUACACCAAAAGAACAAAGAGAAUCAAGACAUAAACCAGGUUUCAGAUGAGAUAAUUACUGGUAGUGAUGGAAAGCUUCAAGAUUCCACCAACAUUCUUAGACCCACCAGAAAGGAUGCUAGCAAGAAGAAAGACGAAUACAAGCAAGAAAGAUUCAAGAAGAAGAAGAAGAAGAAGGAUAGAAGAGAUUGUUGUCUGGAUGCAAAGAAAAUUGAAGCAGACUGUGAUUCAGAAAAAUCCAGUCCAAAUUCUGUCCUCGGAUUCGUCGAAUUCCCACCCAUUCAAGACAUUCCCAGUUCAGAAAAGUUUUGGAAAUUGGCAAGUUCAAAAUCCAGGCGGACCUUAUCAGAAGAGCUUGAGAAUUACAGGAAGCUGAAACUGAUAAGUGAUGAUUUCCAGCCCAAAAGCAGUGAAAAAGUGUAUGGUGCUGCAGCCAGGAAGAAUUGGUGCAGCAGAGAUGAGAAUGAUGUGAAACUGUGGGGAGAAAUUUGCAGAUUGGCUGAUGCAGAAACACUUCAAACCAAGUGGCAGCAUGAAGAAAUAUGGAAACAAGAAAAAGUUUGCCAAAAGAUUGGUGGGAAUUUUGAGUUUGAAAUUGUUGAUGAGUUGAUAGGGGAGAUGGUGGAUCAACUUAUCAUUGAUUCCCAUAUAGCUUCAGUUUGUAAUUUAACUUAACUUUCUGUCCAAAAACUUAACUUUCUGUCCUUGUUUAAAUUUCAUAGUGUACACAUUAAGAUGUAUGUUGUGAUAUAAGUUUUAUAGGAAAUUUUAAAAUGUCGAUUCUAACUGUGUUAAA